GGAGUCGGAGGUUGCAGAGCGAGAGAUGGGGCUCCAGGGCGAUCUCGGCACUCAAAGCCCCGGUGAUUAAAACCCCCGCUGGUCUAGGACCCGGCUCUUCUAGGCCCAGCCUGUUCGAGACCCCAGCUGUUCGAGGCCUCGGCCGUUCGAGGCCCCUACUGUUUGAGACUCCACCUGCCCCGGCCGUUCCAGGACGAGGAGGACCAUGGAGAACAGUUCAUUCCCUCUGGACGUCCUUGGCAGUUCGAAAGUUCCACCGGUGGCCCCCCCCUCCGCCUCCCUGCAGAAGGGCCUGAGAUUCCUCCACAUCCUGUCCUUGGCAGUCUUCGUCGUCGCCUUCCUCCUGGGCACGGCCGGCAACGGGCUGGUCAUCUGGGUGUCCGGCUUCCGCAUGCCCCGCUCGGUCAACGGCGUCUGGUACCUCCACCUGGCCGUGGCCGACUUCACCUUCUGCCUCUUCCUGCCCUUCAGCGUGGUCUACGUGGCCCUGGGAUUCCACUGGCCUUUCGGCCGGCCGCUCUGCAAACUCUACAACUCGCUGAGCGUCCUCAACCUCUUCGCCAGCGUCUUCCUGCUGACCCUCAUCUCCGCCGACCGCUGCGUCUGCGUCCUGUGUCCCGUCUGGGCUCGGAACCACCGCACCCGGGGCCGGGCCAACCUGGUGGCUUUGGUCGCCUGGUUCCUGGCCCUGGCCUUCAGCAGCCCCUACCUGGUGUUCCGGGACAUCGCCGUGAACCCGAGGACCAGAAAGACGGACUGCGUCAUCAACUACGACCCCUGGAACGAGACCCUGGGGGACCCGGGGCGGAGGCCGGCCGUGGAGGGGCCCCGGUUCUCGGCCCUGGUGCUCACGCGCUUCGUGCUCGGCUUCGUGGUGCCGCUGCUCGUCAUCGGGGGCUGCUGCAUCCUCCUCGCGAGCCGGAUCUGGCGCCAGCGCCUGGCGCGUUCCAGUCGGCCCUUCCGGGUCCUCGGGUCCGUGGUGGCCGCUUUCUUCCUCUGUUGGUUCCCCUUCCAUCUGGUGUCGCUCAUGAAACUGGCAUCCAUCCUGGGCCGGCGGACGGACCUGAACCUCUCAUUGUACAUCCUGGGGCCGCUGGCCUUCUGCCUGACCUGCGUCAACAGCUGCCUGAACCCCGUGCUCUACGUCUUCCUGGGCCGGGACUUCCGGGAGCGUCUGCUCCGCUCCCUGCCCGCCGCCCUGGAGCGCGCCCUCGCCGAGGAGCCCGGCUCCGCUUCCAGCUUCACAAAGAGCACGCUGCACUCCGUGCCCGUGGAUACGUUGCAAGAGCUGCGGGGGACCCCGACCUGAAAGCCUCCCCCCCGCCCCCCAUCACCCCUCAGGCCGGGGCGAAUAGUCUUCUCUCCCUCUCCGUUCCGACUUCCGGUAGUUGGGCCGGAACCCUCCGUUGCCAAUAAAAAUUGUUUUCUGA